AUGCCUAGGCUCGGGGGCAAGGCGGCGCUGGGGGCGGCAGAGCAGGGCCGUCUUCCUCGGCCCGCCCCGAGCAGGGUUGGGAGGCCCAAGGGGCAGCCGGCGGGGACCCGCGCUCAUGCCGGGCCGUGCGUAGGGCCGGGUGAGGUGAGGUGCGAGGGGGCAGGUCGGGGCGGGGUGCGGCGUUUGGGACGCAACCGGGGCGAGACGGCUCCUCAGCGCCGCGGGGCGGGUGUGCGAGCCCCGGCUUCGGCGGCGGAGGGAGCGCGGCGGAAGCGCCGUCCGGGACCGCAGCGCCCGGCCGAGCCCAGCCAGGAGCGGGGAGGCGAAGGCAGAGGCAGGCGGAGCAGCGCGACCGUUAAACGGCUGCUGGCGCGCGGCAGCGGCGUCCCCUGCGCCUCGACGGCAUCUCGGCCUCUGGGAACGGGCGCUCCGCGGGACGGGGCUGCGGGACAAGGCCGUCGGGUCGCCGGCGCCCUUCGUCGUCGGGUCCGGCUCCGCGGGGAAAUCUGUAUAACGCAGAGUUCGCCAGCCGGGCAGACGGUCUGUGAGGUGUGCCUACGCCAGCUUUCAGUUGUCCGUGUGAAAGUGGUGGCGUGGGAGAGCUGGGCGCUCCUCGGUGCUUUGAGAACUGCCUGCACUAGAAGAGAAACAACAAAUAAGCAGCAUCUGUUGGGAGAACACUUUCAGCAACAGAUCAGUCAUGUGAAGUCUCAUUACACAGCUGUCUUUUGCAGUGCUGUUCUGGACCUUGUUUCCCCUUCAUUAAGAAAAUCUAAAGCUCCGCCUCCUCCAUCUGAAACAAAACCCAUUGCUGUUUCUCCGUUUGAUAACACAGAGUCAGCCAACCUCAUCAUGGAACAGAAAGAGAAUGUAAUUGAUAAAGAUAUUGAACUAUCAGUGGUCCUGCCAGGAGAUGUUAUCAAGUAUACCACAGUUAACGGGAGGAAGCCCAUGAUGGACUUGCUCAUCUUUCUCUGUGCACAGUAUCAUUUAAAUCCAUCAAGUUAUACCAUAGAGUUGUUAUCAGCAGAAAAUAGCCAGAUUAAAUUCAAACCCAACACACCAGUGGGAAUGCUUGAAGUGGAAAAGGUGAUUUUAAAGCCAAAACAAAUGGAUAAGAAGAAACCUGCUCCAGUUAUACCAGAGCAAACAGUAAGGGUAGUGAUAAACUACAAGAAGACACAGAAGACGGUAGUAAGAGUUAGUCCACAUUCACCUCUUCAAGAACUCUUUCCAGUUAUCUGUAGUAAAUGUGAGUUUGAUCCUUCACACACUCUACUGCUGAAGAAUUACCAGUAUCAAGAACCCCUUGAUGUGACAAAAUCUCUUAAUGACCUUGGACUGAGAGAAUUAUAUGCCAUGGAUAUCAGUCGAGCCACAUCACCAGUUGAUUUAAAUUUACCAUCUUUUCAAGACUCCUACCAAUCUGAAAACUUAGAUGUUCUGAAGGAGAAAGAAAACAAAGGAUUUUUCAGCUUUUUUCAACGAAGCAAGAAGAAAAGAGAACAAGCUGCCAGUGCCCCGGCAACUCCGCUGAUGAGCAAGCCAAGACCAACAUUUAUCACGAGAUCUGACACUGUUAGCAAGCAGUAUGAUUCAAACACUCUGCCAUCCGAAAUGCCGAAGAAACGGAGAGCUCCUUUACCACCUAUGCCAAAUUCUCAGAGUGCUCCCCAGGAACUUGCACAAGCCCAAGUCAGACUGACAUCUGAUAUUGUGAAAUCUAACAGCCUUGAUAGCAAUGAACAGGCCCCUCCAGGAUUAGUACGGAAAGGUUCUCUGCCACUCAGUGACACCGCUUCCGUGAACUCCUCUCUACGAAGGAUGAAGCGCAAAGCACCCUCACCACCCUCUCGAGCACCAGAAGAUCAAAGCCAAGGCAGUAAUGAGACUGGUGUAAGGAGCUCAGAAUACAGCUUGGAAGAAAUUGAUGAAAGGGAAGAGAGGAGUGUGCAACAGAGAGAGGACAGUGAAAGUACAAGUACCUCUCUUGGGAUACGAGAGGUUACUGCAGCCUUCAGCUCUGCUGAGGUACCACUGGAGACUGAAAAAAAUGAUCCUGCUUCAUCAGCUCCAGUUCCUGGCAGUGUUUCUGUAGACAACUCACAAAGCUUCAAGGAAGAAAAACAAGAAAAUAUGAGCACAGAUGGCAAAGGACUACAGACUAUGAUAAGCAGUGAGCAAGCUGCGUUUCAAAAAGACAGGAAGCUUAGAAUUUUGGAUCAAAAUAAAACUGACGAUCACAGUGAUACAAAACUCUUUCCAACAACAGAAGAAGUUAAAGAACUUCAAUCAGCUGAAAUUAAAACAGUAAAUUUUAGAGAAAAUAACAAGCUUGACGUUGACAGACUAUUAAACUGCCAGACAUGUAAAAAUGACAUCUCUGUAAGUCAUAGGAAUUAUCCUCAAAUGAUUCCAGAAAAGCAAGAUGAGAAAACAAAUCAAACCAGCUUGGACACAGUAAAAACUCAGGAUGUUGCAAUCCAGACAGGUCUGUUGGAUAGCAAUUUGGGAAGGACUACACAGAAAGAAAUUAUUGUUCCUCAGGGUUGUGAAUCAUCCACAUUCAGAGGACUGGUCCCUCAACUCAAUAGAGAUGUAAACAACUCCCUUCUUCAAGUGAUUCAUGGAAUGCAAGGGGAUGAAGAUAAUUUAACAGAACAAAAUCUUGAGAGACAAGAAGUUACCCAUGAAAAAGUAAUUUCCAUAAAAGAUCAGAGUCACAUUUGUAUAAAUGGCAGUAAUUUUGCUUCACCAGAAACAACAGCAAAAACUCCAGAUGACUCUCCCGUAAAAGGUCACCCUCUUUAUAGACAGGACGCCAAACCUAAACCCAGGCCUGCUAAUGAAAUUACAAGGGAUUACAUACCAAAAAUUGGGAUGACUACUUAUAAAAUAGUGCCUCCAAAAUCCUUAGAAAUAAUGAAGAGCUGGGAAUCAGAAAUUCCGUCAGAUCAUAAGGAUCAAGAGGCAUCUACUUUGGAAAACUCUCUGAAACAUGAAGACCCCAAAGAAUUCAUAGUGCAAGCUGAAACUCCUCAUCUUCCAAAAAGUGUGGGUCAUUUACAGGUUGGUUCACAAAAUGAACCUGCAGCAGCAAAUGAUCUGCUGCACAGAGCAAACAGCAUUUCUAAACAUGCUGUGGUGUCUGGAGCUGAGAUCACUACUGAGAGCAAUCAGACAGAAACAGAGUCUUCCAAACACCAUGUCCCACUGGUGCUAAGCUUGGAUAAUACAAAUGCUGCUUCUGAGACACAGAAUAAGUCAAAUGCAUUAAGUCCUACAACAAAGCCUAGUUCUUUUUAUCUGCAGAUGCAACGAAGAGCUUCAAGUCAUUAUGUGACAUCUGCAAUUGCCAGAAAUACCAGUUGUACUCCUAAUUGCAUUCAAAAUGAAGCUAAGAAUACAGAGAUGGGGAAAAAAAUCUCAUCACCUGAUCCAACUUCGCCUUUACACAAGUCAAGUACUUCGUCUCCUCCAGCAGAUGAAGAAAAUGAUGAUGAUGGGAAAAAAAUUGAAUCCUCCACUUCUCCUGUUAAAAGCAAUAAACCUUCAAGUUUUCCCUCCUGUCCACCAGCACCGUUGAACCUAAGAACUCUAAGAACUUUUGCAGUUCCAAAGCCAUACUCCAGUUCGAGACCAUCCCCUUUUGCUCUUGCUGUCUCAUCCGCAGUCAAAAGGUCACAGUCAUUCAAUAAGACGCGUACAAUCACUAGCCAGGCACCGAGAGAGGAAUUUCCUGUUGAACUCCCCUCUGCUGCUUCAGCAGCUGAACUCUCCUCAGCUACCUCUGUGCCUCGAGUGCAAACGCCUUCCUUGCAGGCCAUAACAGGGGGGUCGCAAAAUAGUAUAAUGGAUAAGAAAGACAGCAAUGUGAAUAGCGAGCAGAAGAGUCAAGCACAGUCAGGUGCUUCCACUGACCAUCCACCCCCUGUCACUAAGAGACAAACCGCGAUGACAUUCCAGCGCUCUGACCCAGAACAGAUCCACCAGAGCUUGCUGGCUGCAAUCCGCUCUGGAGAAGCUGCUGCCAAAUUGAAAAGGGUUGGUCCUCCAUCAAACACCAUAUCUGUCAAUGGAAGAGCCAGGCUUACUCAUUUGUAUUCCACAGAAGCGAAAGUUAAUUACUAGAUACUAUACCAAAUAUUUUGCACUUUACUACUGCUUCAUAGGCCAACUUAAUAUUAACUACAAAUUUUUGAAAGUGUAAAUGCAAGUAUAUAUUAAUAUAUUUUUGUCAAUUGUAAUAGAAAUUUCAAGCUGGGUCCUUUAAUGCCUUGGAAAGAUUAUUAGAAUAUGUAAAUUAUGGUAAUAUUUUGCCUUUUUCUCUUUAUAAAGCUGAGUAUGCUGCUAAAAACAUUUAAGAGAAGGUGCAGAUGAGCUUUGCUUAUGUUAACAUGAGAAUAAAAAAUUCCUGAUUUUAGCCUUUAAGACAGAACAAUAUGUAGCACUACGCUGAAAUUACACAUUUAAAGGAUUCUAAAGAUUUUAGAUCAUUAAUUUUCAAUUGUGUAUUACUUUAACAGACUGUAUGAAUUUAAAUCUACCACAUGCUGCCUCCAUAUUACUUUGUUAAAUUAAAUUUGCAAUUAGUAGAAAAUCUUAAAUAUAUGCAAUACUUCAUUUCUGUUUAAAAAAUAGAUGGGUUUGUUCCUUCAGCUGAGACUAGUUGGGAUAAGUAGUCUGAUUUCUUUUUUUUUUUUUUUUAAAUCUCCUUCAAUUUUUUCCUGGUAGCGCACACAAAAAAAAUCAGGAUAUAAAUUAUUGGAAAUUUUUGUACUACUUAAAAACUUUUCUUAACAGUAGCACUACAUGAUGUUUCUCAUCUAUUCUUUGAGUACCUGUAUAUAGUAUUUACCUAGUACUCAAAUAAGCAAUACUUAUUGUGAACUAGAUAUGUAUUGAAGUAGUCAUCAGCAUAUAGUCACUUACUGAUAAAAUGCAAAUUCCAGUUUUGAUACUUAAUGAAAUAGAAAUUUUUUUUCACUGGAAGUAUGACUAAAGAAUGAACUGCUUUGGACUUAUUAAUGUAAAAUAUUUUAAUCUUAAAACAGCACAAUAACACAUUUACAAAGCAUUCUUGUGUCUGAGAGCGUCUAUUUAUAGAUUAAGCGUUAAAUACCAAAAUGGGAAUAUACAUUAAAAGAAAAUGCUUCAUGUUAUAUUUUAUCUAUUUUGCAUUACCUGUCAAGGUUAUACAUUUUGGGGAGGGGAUGAAAAUAUGAUCACACUCAUGAUGAAAUAGCUAGAUUAUGGAUGCAUGCAGCAAGUGCUGGGGUAUUUGCCAUAUUGAAAUAUUUUCUUGCUGGACUUGAUUUAAAUAAAAGUAAUUGUAUUUAGUUUC